UGUUAAGCUUAAAACUUUUGUCCUAAAACUCUCCUCCUUGUAUUAUCUCUCAUAUCAACAAAGUUUUUGCUUUUUACACAUCCUUCAACAAUUUCCAAAUUACAACUAAAAAUCUUAACUAUCAAACUACUUUCAUUUCAACCCCUAAUCACUAAAAUCUCCUAAACUACCAUCAUCCUCUAACAGUGGUCAGAGCCCAAUUGAUUGUAAGUGGGCAUUAGAGUCUAUAUGGCCACCACAAAUUCAUUACAAUCUAUCUCUAUGCCACUUCCCAUUUUUAAUGGUAGCAACUAUGAUUUGUGGGGGGGAAAAAUGAAAACACUCUUCAGGUCUCAAAAUCUUUGGGACAUUGUUAAGAAUGGAUAUGAGGAGCUAGAAAAUAUCUCUACUCUAGAAGAAGCACAACGGAAGGAGUUAGAGGUGAAAAAGCAGAAGGAUGCUAGUGCCCUUUAUUUGAUUCAACAAUCACUGGCUGAUACAAUUUUUCCUAGGAUUACUGAAGCUUCAACAGCAAAGCAAGCAUGGGAUAUAUUGCAGAACGAGUUUCUCGGCGAUUCUAAGAGAGCAUUUGAGAUAAAACAGGGAGAUGUGGAAGCAACUUAUGGAGCAGCCAUGGAAGGAAACUGGAAAAAAAUGGUUAACUACUAUGAUCAGGAACAUUUCGAAUAUUUUUCCUCUCCAGUUACGAACACUUUGGAUACUGUACUUCAUCUAGCUAUACACAGCAACGAAGAGAAACCACUUAAAGAUUUACUUGAAAUCAUGAAGAAAAGAGAAUUACCUUUAAUAACUGAGACAGAAUUUCUCAAGAAAACAAACGAAUUUGGAAAUACGGCUCUUCACGAGGCAACCAUCUAUGGCAAUUAUGAGGCUGUAAGACUCUUGGUAGAACGUUGUCCAGACCUCCUUAAGGAAAAAAAUAACUACGGUGAAACCCCAUUGUUUCUAGCUGCCGGAUUUGCUAAGACAGAAAUAUUAGAGUUUUUAAUCAGACAAAAACCAGAACAAUGCGUGGAUGAUGAUGGCCGCCUAUUACUAAUUCACCGCCAGAGAACGGAAUUAGAUGACCUGCCCAUCCUUAGCGCUGCUAUCAUAGGGCAAAAAUUUGAAACAGCUUUACUGUUGCUAGAACUGGAUAAAUCGCUCGCCAGCUUGAAGGACAAAAAUCAAAUAUCUACUCUUCAACUUCUAGCCGAAAUGCCAGCUGCUUUUGAGAGUGAAUUUCCCAUGGGCAUAUUUGAAAGACUCAUCUCCUGUUGCCUUCCUGUUAAACGUCACCACGAGGUAAAAUCACAGGUACAAACGUGCCUGGCAAAGAAGAGAGAUCUUGAGAGCGGUCGGGGGAGAAACUCAGGAGAUCUGAGGAGUGUCUCGGAUAGGAAUCAAAGAGGCGGCCUACUCAACUAUUUAAAGAUCCCUGAAGGAUGUUGGCUAGAAAGAAUCUGGAACCGGAAAAGAGAGCAUGUAUUUGCUUUGCAAUUCGCCGAAAGCCUAAUAAAGGAAGAUAGUUCUUUUAAAGGAGUCACCAGAACAGAGGAAGACCAAAAUAAAAAAGAAGUAGAGCAAGAAAUGUGUGCGCAACCUUCUCAAAACACUAGCGAAGCAAAAACUCCUGUAUUGUCAUCAUUAACUACUAAAAAGGAGAUCCCAUUGUUUACUGCAACUAGAAGGGGAAUAGAAAAGAUGGUGCAGCUGAUAAUAAGGCUACAUCCUCAUGCAAUUGACCAGCGCGAUGAAAUGAAUUGGAGCAUUUUGGAUGUGGCCGUCAUGUAUCGCCAGCAAAAGAUCUUCGAUAUUGUGAAGGGAAAGAAAAUACCAUUGGCUAGAAUGCGUCGAGUUGUUGAUAAAAGCGGAAACACAUUGUUGCACCAUGUUGCAGAUAUGAAGAAAAACAGUGGAGUAACCAAGCCUGGGCCUGCACUCCAACUUCAGGAGGAGUUGAAAUGGUUUGAGCGAGUGAAAGAGGAAAUUCCUCCUCAUUAUGUCCUGCUUCUGAACAAAGAUGGAAUGACUGCAAGAGAGUGCUUCGAAAAUUCGCACGAGAUGCAACUGAAACAAGCACAAAAAUGGAUCAAGGAAACAGCUCAGUCUUGUUCAACUGUAGCUGCACUUGUUGCUACUGUUGUCUUUGCUGCUGCCUAUACUGUGCCCGGAGGUUCUGAUGAAAAAGGCAAGCCCAACUUCAUCAACUCUCCCUAUUUUCUGAUUUUCACUGUCUCUGAUGUUGUCUCCUUAGCAAGCUCCUUGACUUCGCUUGUGGUGUUUCUCUCUUUGCUGACCUCUCCAUUUGAGCUACAAGAAUUCCACAUCUCUCUUCCUCGGAAACUUGUUGUUGGCUUCUCCUUCCUCUUCUUUUCUGUGUUAACGACCAUGCUAUCCUUUGGGGCAACAAUUUUGAUACUCAUUCAGACAGAGAGGAAGUUGACAACAUUACUCCUUUCCAUUGCUUCAUUCCUUCCUGUCUUAAUAUUUGGAAUAUUGCAAUUCCGUCUGUACGUCUCCUUUAUGGGCUCUACAUUCAACAUUCUCAAGAAAAACUGGAUAGCUCAUCUAUCUUUUCUUGGCCCUUGCCUACAAUGGAGGGAAAAGCUCGGUCCCAAGAAGAAGGAAAAAAGCUCGACUUGAUUAAUAUUGGAGCUAAAGGGGCACAGAGGUUUUUCCUUUUUAUUGUUGGUUUGCACCUCUACUAUUGAUCACUAUAUAUUGAGUGUUACAGAAUGUUUGAUUGUUCAAUUUCGUGAUAUUUAUGAGGUUGCGCUAUCCUCAAUGAUGGCCUUAGAAGUCAGGAUGUGUUAUAUAUAGUGUGUAAUAGGUUCUGGUAUGAAGUUAGGACUAAAAUGUUGCUUCAAUCGGUUACUUGUAGUAAAAUUGGGUGUAAGUUUAUGGUUAUUAUUAUUAAUGGAUAUCUCUCUUCGAUUUUCUCAA